CUGUGUGUUUGUGUGUGUUAUUUAAUUAGUAACAAUUAGAUUUGUCUCGUGUCUGUUGCUUGAAAGAGUCUAUUGUCCUGACAAUAGCAGCAGAAACAGUAACAACAACAACAACAUUGUUACAUGUAGUGGCGGCGGCGGUGGUGGUGCUGGUGCAGUAGAAGGCAAGAGAAACAGCAAGAGGGGAGCCCCCCCCCCUUACUUCUUCUCUUGUAGACAAUAUGGAUGGCUGGAUGAUGUAGCUAUUAUCAUCACCUGAUGUGGAAACGACACCCUCAGCUCUCAACACCAGCAAAUAAUAUUAUAAAGAAGGAAAAGAGUUGAAAUGACUGAUGUUGAUGUUACCACAACCAGCUUUAACCCUAUCACUUCUUGAAAUUUUCAUCUAAAAACAUACAUCGGACUGUGAAGCUUCAUCUUCUAGACCGUUCGUUCCUGAUUAAAAUAAUAAUUAUAAAAAAGAUAAAAUAACACCCCUGGCAGACAUAUCAAUUGGAUGUGACAGGAUUUAAUUUGUUUUGGUUCAUUUCAUUGAUUUUGGUGAGACCCUUUGCUAUAAAACCUUUGCCAUGUCUGUCAAAGUCACUUCUCACAGUGUCUGGGAUUUAUACCUGAGGACACCAGAAGCACAGAAAAAGUCCAGGAUUUUGGACGUUUUCUUAUGGCUUGUGCUGAAAGAAGCUCGAGGUAAAGAGGACUACUCAGAACCAGGAGACAUGACAGUCACAUGUAACCAGCUGGUGCAGGAAUUCAUGUCUGGAAUUCUUCGGAUUACCAAUGAUGCUAAUGAAGAUGAUGUGGAAGAAUUACAGAAUUACCUCCUCAAAGGUCAAGGGGUCUAUUUGCUAAAGGUCAUUCACAAAAUUGGAGUAAAGGAUCUGUCAAAUGGCCGGAACUUUACAAAUUUAUUACUCUCUUUAGUAUCAUGGUGUCUGAAAUUCAAUUCUUCAAACGAAUCAUUACUUACAGAAACUGGUAUUGAAAAUUUAUCAUCAACACUCAAGAAAUCUUUGCAGAACUUUGUCCCUACCAACAACAAGAAGCGGCAACAGGUUUUCCCAAGUUGCCGCAAAGAACAUCUCUUAGCAAUAAGUCGGAAGCAGCUUCUGAAUGAAUACAUGUCACUGGAAAGUAGCCGGGAGUUACACAAAGCCAUGAAACCAGCUCCUGUUAUGGAUCGCAGUACAUCUGACUCGGAGGUUCAAGAACUCUCCGAGAACAACCAGCCACCGACCAAGUGGAAACUAGAUAAAAAACGCAAAUAUAAAUUUGGUGAAUCCCAGUUUCUGUCUUGGCAAAACCGUUACCAAACGCUGAGUGAAGAAAAUCUAAAAGGUAUUCAACGUAAUAAAAUCCAAGAGAUCUUCCAUCCAGCCGAAACAUGUUUGCUUAUGAUUGAUAUCAUCCAGAACGUGUGUUUGCUGGACUUAAACCAAACGGUGCCCUCAAAGUUAGUGUCAGUCUCUUUGCUGCCUGAGUUAUUAGAUGGUCUUUUUCGUUUCCAUGACAUGUUCCAAAAUCCAAAUCCACAAGUAUGGACCAAGGACAUUCUAGCUUAUAUCCUAAAACACCUUUUGCAGUUGGUGUUCAUGUUAAGCAAUAUAACUGCUACACAACAAAAUGGUUCCAGUAUUUUGAUCCGGAAUCGGAUAUUUCCCAGUUUACUUUAUUUAGCUCACGAUCUUUUAGAAGAUAUCACCUACCCUGAGAACAUAGUCUGGUCUGAAGUAUCGGAUCAGUGCCACGUUAAAAUGGUAUUGGUGUCCGACAUUAUAUCAGGAUUACUUCUCUGUGCUACUGAAGUCUUUCACAAUAUUCCGCUGAAUCCCGUUUUUAUUAAUUCAGCUUUAAAAGUUAUGUGGAUAUUUAGAGAAGAACGAGGUUUUAGUAUGUUGGAAUUAAUCCUUUCUUGGCUUGACUCUGAAUGUUUCCCACAUAAAGUUUGUAAAAAAUUCUCCCCCAAAGACAAUCUUUUAAAGUCAGUCAGCAGUCUUAUAAUAGCCAUGAAGAAAGCCAAAGUUGGUUACAUCCAUUCUUCCACCUGCAUGAAGAAGAAACACAGAAAAUGUAUUUAUACUCAUUGUUUUGAUCAUCACCAUAAUAUUCUUGGCUUUGCUUUCACCAAAAAUGUCAGCCGACAGAAACUGGACGUUUCUUCAGAUAUUUGUGUUGUUGGUUAUUGGUCACAGUUCUUACUUGAUGUUUUACCGUUUCUCAAAUCUAAGCAACAACAACUUCAAGUUUUUACCCUGUUCGUAACAGCUGGCAUUUGCUGUUGCAUCGGGAUAGAGGUAAUGCUGUCCAGCUUCCAUUCGUCUUUCUAUAAUCUGUCUCCAGCUGUAAAGAACUAUGCCUUAGACAUCAUGAACAAUAUGCUGCUGGAACAGUUGUCUGGUGCCAGACACAUAUCACAGAAACCAAGUAAAAUUGAAAUUUGUAAGGUGUGCGAGGACGAUUCCUUUGAUACUUUUAGUGGUAAAUUAAAACGUGGAAUGGACCCAGAUUGCAAAAUGAAUCCAGAAACGCAUGACAGUGGUGUGUCAAGUAGUGAGAUAUCAUCAGAAGAUUUCAAGUCUUCAAUGAAGAAAGAUUUGCUCAAGCGAUGGGGAUCCCUGGCCAAAAUGUGUGAUAUCUUAUAUUCUGGGGACACAGUAUCUGCUUCGUUACUCUCCAAACAUUUGUUGAUUUUAGCUGUCCAUGGCAGAACAGAAGUUAAGCAAGAACUAUUCCAUUCCAUUUAUUUACCAAUUCUUACAGAUUAUUGCAAGUGGAAAUCCACAACGCAUCAACAUAUCAUACCAUCACCACUCAAUAAAUCUGUCAUCAUGAACUGUUUGUCUGCCUUUCCGUAUCUCCUGCAAGCAGAAUCCGUCAUGACAACUUUCUUGGCUCGACAUGGCAUUGAAAAACUAUGGACAAUUCUUGAGGACCCGUCUUUACAGGAACUUGUCUUGCAUGUAUUCGAAGCUUUGAUAAUUGCUGAUGAAUAUGUGUCGUUAGAGAAUAUAUUAAAAGAAAACAAAGUAUCGGAGAGGCUUAUGGAUGAAAACAGUCCUGUGUCCGAUUUCUCCAGUGAUGAUGAUCUGACUUACUGCAGUAACAUGGUCAUUCGCUCUUUCUUGAAGAUCUUAUCUGAAAAUAUCAAAUCACAUGGUGUCUCUAUUAACAUACUUCCAAAGCACUUUGUAAAAGACACUGAAAUGAGUGAUGGAGAAGAGGUGAACCAAUCAGCAGAUUCUUCCAUGCAUCUAAAAUGGUUCCUACUUUUAAGAAAUCUAUGGAGAACAUGCCAAGUUCUUUUGCUCAAUAGUCCCAGCUUUCUUCUCCAAUUUAAAACCUCCGAAUGUUUUAUGCUUGCCAAACAGAUUCUCUUCCACAUCAUACCGCAACUUGAGACUUACGCCAGUCCAACUCACCAGUUCACGGAACCUGGUGUUUAUAACAGCAAUAUAGUUGACCAACCCCUACAAUCUGUACCGAUCUUCCAACAAGCUCUCAGUCUUCUAGAGUCUGUACUAGUGGCCUGUAUCAUCUGCUACAUGCCAGCAUUUGCUGCUAAGUCGGACACGAAGGAUUUCCAGGCGUUGCUCUCUGAAGUGAAAGACGGUUUGAUGAAAUAUAAAACCCUUCAGGUGAACCAACUGCAGAUGAUUUUUGAUACUUUACUGCACUGUGCAAAACCUGAUCGUAGUACAAUACUAGAACUUUCCUCUCUACACACCCUAAUGAUGUAUUCCAAAGAUGAUGACUUGGUAGAUGAAGAAGAAGUCCGCCAGUUAUUACAGCAGGGUACCGACACUGAGAUGGAAUGUCUGUUGAUCGAGUGUGGUUAUGAUGCUGACAGUGAAUUCUCUUUAUCUGAUGAUCUGAAAGGUAAACCAUCUCGGAGCAAGGAAUCAGAUCUCUACCUCACCCAGAUUCAUUUUGCUUCCGUCUACCGCCUCAUUAUUGAAUUAAUGAUCCACAUGAACAGAGAAGGAUAUGGUCAAGGAAUAUUCCACCGCAUUCUUUACCAGUUAGUACAGACAUGCCGUGAAGAUCAGGGUGCCAUGCAAGCUAUGAGUUCUGAGGGUAUUGCUGGACUUAUACUUAAUGGGAUGAAAGAAGAUCUCCUAGGAAAGACCUCCAUAAAUAAAGAAACACAGAUCUUGCUGUUCACAUUCAUUCAACAGUUAGCACAAAAUGAGAUCACUGCUGCUGAACUGAAGCUGCUUCUGCGUUUGUUCAUGGAAGAUGCUUCUCCCUAUGAUUUACUGCUGUCAACACUAACAGGGAUUGUCGAAAACUAUAGAGUGUCACCAACUCAUUAUGUCCAGUUUCCGGUAACGAGACAGGAUUCAAGCAACUCUAAUUACAAUGGCAGCAGCAGCAUCAACAGCAGCAGCAAACACAAGAUGGAGUCUGGUUGUGAUAAUGAUGUCCACCCUGGCAGCAGUCCAAAGGUGAUCAGUCUAGCACCAGUCACAAUGCAAGUGUCCAAUCUAUUACCGUGGCCACCCUACCAGAAUGGCUUCAGUGUGUCACUAUGGUUACAGCUUGGUGAUGAGGUUCUACCUGACCAAUGGAUUCCAGGAACCAGAUCAAAGGAGAAGGUGAUGCAGGAUACGACGGACAUCUUUGACAAUGGUGACCACCACAAGACCUGGUUGAGGUCGAAUCUAUCUCAAAUGACCCCUGAUGCAGCUUCUUACAUUAGCAACGAAUGUCUACACAUUUUCUCUGUAGGCACAGAAGAAAAGAUGUUUGAGAUAUGGGCUGAUCCCUGCAUUGGAACCCUUGUUGUCAGGUUAACUAGUUCAGCGUCAGGUAGUACAGUCAUCCUGAAAGAAUGUUCUGCUCCAAGCUUACUCAACACGAAUCGGUGGCACCACUUAAUAUUACAAUAUCGUGAAGUCCUUGAUGAAAACAUCCUGUCAGGGAAGGUUUCCAUUGUGCUGGAUGGCUGGUGGUCUCAGGAAAUGGUAUUAGAUCAUUCCAGAGACAUUCGUAUGACCCAGCUAGAACCGACUGUCUACUUGGGACACACAAGGAAUUACAGGAACCAUUUGCUUAAUCGCAAGAAGUCUUGGUAUCUUGGUCCACUCAUGCUUUUUAAAGGUGCUAACUUAUCCCAAGAGAUCUGCUUUCAUCUCCAUGCUCUUGGCCCUAACUGUUCCUCAAUCAGCAAAUGUGACUGUUCUGAACAGGCAGCAUCUUAUAUUCCUCAACUGUUCAAGAAUGUUGUUUGUUUCUCUGGAGUCUCCACAGACACUUUGGUUGGCAUCAAUCAAGUAAAUCUGGACACUGCUAGAAACAACCUAAUUCUGAUCUACAACCCACAACAUCCGAAAUUGUUUAGCCUUUACUGUGCUGGUGGAUCGUCCCAGCUUCCAAACUCCCUCGGGCUCACCCUUGGAAUAUUGCCACCUUCCAUGAUCCAGUCCAGGGAUCUCCUUGAACAACAUCCAUUGGUUGUACCUGUCAAGAUGGCACCAUCCCUGGAGAUUUUGGCUUGCUUCAAGAAUUGUCUGGAACAAUCAGCUGAAGAAAUGGGAGGAAUAAAUGUAUUUAUGUUCCUUGUUGCAAAGGUAUUUGAAAAGUGCCGACUCCCUUCAGAAGACAGUGAUCAGGGAUUGAACUUGUUACAGAUGCGGCAAAACAUGGAAAAACUGCAGGCGUCGGCCCUCAACCUUCUGUUCCAAAUGAUCAAACAAGUCCCGUCAAUGUGUUUGCAGUAUAUGGAAUCUCAAGGAGAUCGUAUGAUUUCCAGAGUCUUGGAAACUUCAAGAAGUUUAAUUUCUUUCCGUAUUUUAAAGGUGCUACUGGAUGCUGCUACCACAGAAUCCGUGAUGAGAUUCGAUUCUCAGUUAAACACUUACAUCAUAAAAGAGCAAACGUUGGCCAUUGUCCAGAAUAUGUCUGUUAUUGAGAAUCUUCUGCUGAGGUGGAGAAUUUGGACCAGAGGUCCAUCAUCUGUGAUGGAAUUACUCUUCAAAGCCCUUGAAUGUUUGGUCAGAGAUGACCAUCCACAUCAAAUGUUCAACAUUAAACAAUAUCAAGCUGGAAACUUUGUACAACGAGUUUUUCUUAUGUAUCAGGAAUUAGUACGAGAACAUGAACCAGUGCCAUCGGCAACAAUCAGCAGUUCCAUUGUCGCAAUCAUUCAGAAAAUGGUUGGUUCUCCCCCAGACUCUCACCUGAUAGUAGCUGUCUGUGAUUUUCUAUUGUUGAUGCACCCUGCUGCUGAUACCUACAUAAAUUAUGCAAGAUCCGGCUUCUAUUUCAGUUGCUGGUGGGGUGUACCUGGCACUCCCAUUGCUAGGAGAAUCAGCAGGAAGAAUCGCACAAUUGAUCAAGUGAGACUGGCCAGCCUUGGUGAUUAUGACAAUGUAACUGAAGGAACCAGAAAAGGCCUCUUCCGGACGGUGUCUUUUGUAUCAUCUAGCAAGCCUGUGUAUGAUCGACAGAUCGGGAUGAACCGACCUCGUUCAGCUUCAUAUCCAAGCAAUAAUGAAUUAAGAGGAUGGAAGACACAAAAGGAUAAACAGAAUUAUGCCGAACAGUUUCAAGAUGGUAAAAAGCUUUCUUCGAAGAUUCACUCGCAAAGCGAGAAAACACCAGAUUCUUGUGGAACAGAUAACAGUUUCAACGAAGCAGACAGCAACGAUUUUAACGAUAAUUCUGCCUGCAGUUCCGGAAAGUCUGCUGCCAGUGCUGUUGAUGGCAACCUGUCUCAAAAACUGAGUUCAAUCGACCAAGACAACAGUAGCAGUCACUGUCGUCGUCCCCUUUAUUCUCUGUCUGAAUCUAUGUCCCCUACAAGCUGUGAUAUUGGUAGUUCUUUGGAUUCUGAUGAUGAUGAUGAUGAUGAUGAUGAUGUGUAUGAAAGUGAAGAUCAUGAGACUACAGAGAAAGGUCUUGUAGUCCUCUGUGCUGGUUUACUAGAACUAAUGUGUUCGACAUUAAUUGUCUUUGAUGAAACCCAAUUAGACAAGCUUCUCUUUAAUGUUAUUAAUGCAAGAGUCCUCAUUGUUCUGGCACACAACAGUUCUGCAGAGAUUAGAGCCCUCGUCAUUCGGCUCCUUGAUAUCUACCUCCAACGAUGCCGCAACAACCAUGUUGAAGUCUUCCUUAAGCUAAAUGGUUUCCAUCUGCUAGCAACUCAACUUUACCAUUACCAGUCAGAGAAAACUCUGGUAGAGAUGGCUUUCUCAAUAAUGCUUGCCAAGCAAUUCACUAUGGACGAAGGCUUUGACUUCAGCCAACUGCCCCAUGUGAACCAAGUACAACUCUCAUCAGCUCCACUGCUUCUGUCUCUUCUGGAGAAAUCUUCUGAGGACUUUGCCUUAGCCUCUUCUUUUUUAAUCAUUCUUCAUCAGAUGUUUGAAUGUAAUUCUGUGAUUUGUGCAGCUUUGAUGGACUCGGGACUCACUGAAACCCUCUGUAAUUUUUUGGCCAAGAUGAACCAGUUUUACAACAGACCAAUGGAUGAACGGCAAUCAGUGUUUGAUCGACUCAAGAAACUCUUCACAGCUGUAGCUCUUAGAGAAUUUAGCCUUAGUGGAAACUCUCAUUAUCAAAACUUUGAAGAAAUUCUCAGCCUCCUGAAAGCUCUUGAAGAACGGGAAAAGAUUGUUUAUGGUCCAUCAUCCUUUGAGGUGAAGAACAUAAAACAAUUGGAAUAUCAUAUUUUUUACCAAAGUCUUCAGUUUGUUGAAGUGCCACAUGAAAAUAACAGUUCUUCAGCACAGAGAGGCCGCAGUAAAACAAACAAUGAGCAACAACAAAGCCUAAAAAACAAGGAACUGAAGAAUUCGCAGUGGUCUUUGUUGCCUUUGUCUGAUCCCACAGACAAAUUCCUCUCCAACAUAUCCCAGUGGUCAACUCUAUGGGGUCAGAAAAAGAAGAAAGAGACCAAUAAAGUGGCAGGAUCUGAACUCUCUGACCGUUUAAGAAAACUAAUUGUCAUGGCUGUAGAUCUGGUAGUGUUUGGGGAUAAUGACUCCAGCUCCAUAGCUACUGGACUUAAGUUGACCUUUGUAUUCAAUGGACCCAGUGACGCAUUUACAUCAGACAGCCAGUUUCGGACACAUCUGCUGGACUUCUUAGUGAAAUCUUUGGCCAGCAUACAGACAGCACGACUCAUAGUCUCUAUGUUGUCUCCUGUGGUUGAGUUCUACGAACGCAUUUUCGUUGUGUUUUACAUGGUGAAAGAAAUCAAACACCGAGAGAUCUUCAAGUCAAUGUUUGCUUCUAGUCCUUGGGUUAACAGUCUGCUGCCUUUCCUUCAUGAGCUGCUGUCCUCUUACAAAGACCAAAUGUCCAACAGUCAACAGGACAACAUCAACUGCCUGUUUGGUUUGCUCAAGAAAUCUGGGUCACGGCUGCUCUUCUCCCCGGAGAUCCACAACAACACCCCGGAUAAAGGCAAGUUGGAGCAGGAAAUCAAAACAGUUUCAGAACAGCUGGAAGAAGAGAAGCAGGAAUGGCUGAAGAGGAGGCAUCAACACUUAAGCAGGAUUCUGUAUAUAAAAAACGAAAGCCUUAUCAAGAAUUUAGCUGAUUCUGCAAUGGAAGUAACACAACAAGUGUUCCGCAUGCAAAACAAAGAGAGGAAAGAAUUGGUCACCCAUCUGAAACAGUCCAUGACUGACCGAAUCCAGAUUAAAAAAUCCUGGCAAGAUUUAGUGCAACAACUGACCCACGAGAAGGCCAUAUGGUUUUGCCCCCAGUCAUAUCCUCGAUCAUGGCAGCUAGAUCCAACGGAAGGACCCUGUCGAAUACGAAAGAGAAUGCAAAGGUGCCACUUGGGGAUUUCUGAAAGAUAUAUCAGUCCUAAAUUUUGGGACAAGUUAACGGCUGAAAAAGUUGAUCCACCAUUGCUCUUUCUGUUUGAAGAUGAUCACCAAACAUCAGAUUCUGCUGCCUUGAUGUACCGACUUUACACUAGCGAGAAGAUCCAGUUCACCUGUGGUUGUACAACCGUAUCCCCGUCAUCGGAAAGUAAAGGAGAGCUACUGAUAGGUGAACGAAAUGUCUACUUUGUGGCUGAUGUGGCUGUAUCUGACAUGAAUUAUACUCAGGUGUUGCUUGGCAACAAAGAUCAACUCUCCAUGACGUGGCCACAGAUGGAUAUCAAAGAAUUUCUUCCACGUUGGUACCAACUAAAAGACGUUGGCCUUGAAAUCUUUUUAACAAAUGGCAAAACCUGUUUACUGGCAUUCAGUUCUACAGAGGAACGCAAUCAAACCCUGAAGCAGCUUGAAAACGUGGAACUUCCCAAUUUGGUGAAAGGUGAGAACAUGUCCAGUAUCCAGCAACUGUGGGGAAGUGGACGCAUGACAAAUUUUGAGUAUUUGACUCUGUUGAACAAGAUCGCUGGCCGAUCCUUCAAUGACCUUAUGCAAUAUCCCAUCUUCCCAUUCAUUAUCAGAAAUUACGAGAACGAAGAAUUAGAUUUGUCUAAUCAAUCCCUCUAUAGAGACUUAUCAAAACCCAUUGCUGUGCAAGACAAAUCUAGAGAAAAGAAAUACAUUGAAAAUUAUCAGUACUUAAAGCAAGAAUAUGAGAAAUUCCUGUCAAAGAAUGAUGAGACUUUCUACCGUGUGGCACCAUACCAUUAUGGUAGCCAUUACUCAAACAGUGGAACUGUUCUGCAUUUUUUAGUCCGCUUGCCGCCUUUUACCAAAAUGUUCCUCAACUUCCAAGAUAACCAUUUUGAUCUGCCUGACCGAACAUUUCACAACAUGGCCAUUACGUGGAAACUAUCCAGUUAUCAGUCAAUAAGUGAUGUUAAAGAACUCAUUCCGGAGUUUUUCUUCCAACCAGAGAUGUUUCUAAACUCAGAAGGAUUUGAUUUUGGAACGAAACAAACUGGUGACCUUGUGUGGGACGUCCAGCUUCCAAGUUGGUGCCAGGGCAAUGCACGUUUGUUUGUUUUGAUUCAUCGACAAGCCUUAGAAUCUCCAUAUGUCUCAGAAAAUAUCCAUCGGUGGAUUAACUUGGUCUAUGGUUACAAACAACAGGGAGAUUCAGCUGUCCAGGCCAUUAAUGUCUUUCACCCAGCUACGUAUUUUGGUGUUGAUGUGGACAGUGAGAAGGACCCAGUCCACCGACAAGCCUUGAUAACCAUGAUCAAAACGUAUGGUCAGACCCCAAAACAACUGCUACGGACACCACACCCCCAACUCCCUCCCUAUCUUCUCACACAGAUAUUUCCUAGUUUAGCAAAUGUUGGCAAACCCACAACAAUGAUCUCCAGUUUAAGUUGUGUUAAAGGUUUAAACUGGGGAGACUAUGUCGGUUCCCCAGACUGCCCCCCUCCUGCUGUGAUACACCGAAAAGAGACUAGAUCUGUUGCUGCUGUUAAACUUAUCGCCCUCCAGACAGGAGAGGUAUUUGGAAUCCGAAACGAAAGUUGUCUUCUAACCAUGUGUAGCAAAGACCGAGGUGUUAUUGGUAUAAAUACCACUGAUGUGAUAUGGGCCGCUAUACUUAGUUGGAAACAUCCGGAUGGUAUUCUUCGUAUUACAAAUAAUCCUGAUAGAAGUCCAGUCAACUUCCUUCAAGUCAGUCCUUAUGAUCAGACCACUUGUAUAGCAUCUGUUCCUGACUGUCGUUUAUUGUUUAUUGGAGGCAGAGCUGGUGUGAUAACAGUGUACACUACCCUGCACAAUACAGCAAAGAAAUCUCACCUGCAAGUGUUAGGCCACAAGAAACAACUUUAUGGUCACACCUGUCCCAUAACGACAAUUACUGUGUGUAAAUCUUACAGUAUUUUUGUCAGUGCUAGUGAAGAUGGGCUGUGUAUCAUCUGGGACUUGAAUCGGCUGUCCUAUGUGCGCUCCAUAGAAGGCCAUACGUGUAGUGUAAACACUAUUGCUAUCAGUGAAACACUGGGUGAUAUUGUCACAAUAAGUUCUGCUGAUGUCGGCAGUAUUAUGAUGCUGCAUACAGUCAAUGCACAACUAGUUGCUGUACAUAACUGCGAAGAUAGAAUACUGUGUGCCGCUUACUCCAGUGCUGCUGAAGGACGUUCUGUGAAUGUUAUUGCUGGGGGAUUAAGUGCUGGAAUAGUUCGACUGUGGAACAGUUGGACCCUGGAACCUGUUAGAGAUCUUGUUGAUGAAGCACUGAAGGGCAAGCAGAUUUUGAGGUAAGUUGAGGGUCUUUAUUGUACUGUAUUAAUAAGAAUUCAUUGCAUAACACUGGACUCUCUUUAG